AAAUGAUAAAAGAGCAUUAAUCUAUAUUUUCUCAAUAUCAUGAUUAAAUUUUAAGAUUUUUCACUUCCAUUUAUUUCAUAAUUUUUAGGAAUCUUGUAUAACCAAAUUCAACUAUUUUUUAUUAUGAUUAGGGUAAUAAAAUUUGUACCCUUGGAGUUUUUUGGAUAACCUAUAAAAUAUCCAAAUAUAGUUCUUGAAUCCAAUUUAUUUUUAUGUGGAAUGGAGACUUUUAUUUAUGUAUGAUAACCCAAAUAUAUAAAUGUCUCAAACUAUAUUUCCUACUAGUCCACAAUUUAAAUGAAGUUGAUAAAACUGAUUUGCUAGGAAUCUUAUUCAAGAUAUAUACAGUUGUUUUAUCUGGUAUUGAUUCGAAUAUAGAAGAAUAACUUAUUAUGUUUUUAAUCAUAUUCAUAAGAAUAUAAUUUCACAUUUUAAUAAUUUUAUUUUACUACAGCACACCUAGUAAGGUAUACUAAGUAUAAAUAUCUUGCUUUUUUAAGAAUCUAGAAAAAAAGAUUAGAAUACCGACCCAACUUAUCAUGUUUACCAUAAAAUUCAUCACCUCUAUUGAAUCAAAUAAUUUUAAUUUUUUAUUUAAUUAAUUUUUUACUUCAUUUAUAUAUAUCAACAACAUGAGAAGUUUCAUGUAUUAGAUAUAAUGGUGAUAAAAUACUUUCUUUCGCUACAAAAUAGAAAACACGAAAAAGUGUGUAGAUAUAAGUACAUAUAAUUUUAAUAAGUUCGUGCAAUAAUAUUUCAUUCGUUAUUGUUAACUCAAAUAUUCAUAUUAAUUCUAUACAAACCAUUAUAUACAAUUUCAUAACUCACUUUUAUUGACUUAUAAAUAUAUUAAGUUUAUCACCACUAAGAAAAAUAAUAUCCUAACAAUUAUAAAUAAAAAAACUAAAUUUCUAGAAUAGGAGCAUAUACCAUGUCUAUUUAUAGGCCUAAGAUAUUAUAAAAUAAUAUAUGUAUUCCAAGAAGAAAAUCAUGUAGCUGAUUAGCUGAUCACUCAUGCUCAUGCCAAUAAACAUUUUGAUCUUUGGAGGAAUUCGUUUUCAUUUCAUCAAUUAAAUUCUCUAUUUUUAUUUUGUAAACAAAUUAUAGGAAUAGGAUGACACAUUAAACUAGAAUACGAUUAUCAUCUACUGUCGUAUUCACAUCUAUUUUGUGUUAUUAAAACUUUAAUACUUUAUCAAACCAGACUCAAUCUUAUCAGCUUUUUAUAAAUUAAUUCAAGACUUUUCAAAAGAUAUAACUUUAAUCUUUACGUUCACAGUACACUAAUGGUAUGUUUUAAAAAUUAAGUCGAUGGAUGAGUGAAAUUUAUAGCCUAUCAUUCUAAAAUGUGAAGAGAGUUAUAUUGAAUCUGUUUAUAUAUGUAGGUUUUCUGUAUUGUUUUGUCUUGAUCAGAGAUGGUGAGGGACAGCGUGCGUGCAAUUUAGACUUGCCGUUUCUCUACAACUAUUAGGUGGAUAUUUUGCCCGCACAUUCAUGAAUGCAAUGAAUCGUGAAUUCCCUUCGUUUCUCUAAAAGAACUAAAACUUGGAAGAGGCCCUAAAAGGUUGGGGGAGAAGAAAGAAGGAAAAAGAAAUGAGUACUGCAGGGGAGCAUAUUAAGAUAACAAUAGAUCGAGACUGGGUUGUCUCAUUGAAGGACAAGUUGAAGGAAACAGAACAGGAGGAUUGGCGCACCGAACAGCCGACCAUCUUCAGAGUCUUACCAAACUUGCGAGGGAUCGAACCAGAGGCAUACGAACCAGCGAUCGUUUCGCUCGGCCCCUUCCACCAUCACAAGUCUCACCUGAAAGCCAUGGACCACCUGAAAUGGCAGUAUCUCAACAAAUUCCUUGUCCGAAACCCCGAGAAGCCCCUGGAAGACUACCUCAAGUUGAUCAAGGAGAACGAGCGGCAAGCACGUAUGGCCUACUCAGAAAAUGUGGAGAUGAGCAGCAAAGACUUCGUCCAAAUGAUGUUGCUUGAUUGCUGUUUUGUGAUCGAGGCCAUAUUGCCAGAGGGAGAAGGACAAGCCACAAUAUGGUCGCUACCACCAGUGGUGGCGCGUGAUAUGUUGAUUCUGGAAAACCAACUCCCUUUCUGUCUCCUCCAGCCUCUGUUCGACUCUACUUUUCCUGACCAAUCCCAUGACCUCAAUAGUUUGAUACUUUGUUUCCUCCGCAAGGCCAUAAUCAUCACGACGGAAGAUCCCUCCGUCGAAAAAUCAUUUCACCAUACACUCCAUCUUUUCUAUUCUUGCAUUCUCCCAGCAAACGACCGAGAUGGCAGUGAAUCCUCCACAUUCCUCUGCCACAACCUCAGCUGUAUGCAGAACGUGCUCCACAUGCCCUUUUGGCUCUCAUCGUGGCUACACAAAUUAUCAUGCUGCUCUAGAGACGAUCAGGAGGAGACAAAUAUGCUUCUGGGCUGGAUUCCAAGUGCGACACGGCUCACGGAGGCUGGCGUCCAUAUCAGGAAGAAGAAGAAGGCUAAGAGCUUUCUGGACAUCACCUUUCGGGAUGGGAAGAUGGAGAUCCCACAGCUUCAGGUUGAUGACCACACCAACAUCCUCCUCAGGAACCUCAUAGCAUUCGAGCAGUGCUGCAGGGAAGCCAGCCCUCAUGUCACGUCCUACGCGGGACUCAUAGAUUGCAUCAUCGAUACGGCUGCCGACGUCGCAUUGCUCCAACAAAGUAAAAUCAUUAUUAGCGGCAUGGGCAACGGCGAAGAAGUCGCUACUCUCUUCAACCGACUUUGCAAGGAGGUACUGAUUGACGACCUCGAGAGUAGCUACUUUUCAAGAAUCUACAAAGAAGUCAAUAAGCACUACGACGCCAGAUGUAACAAAUGGCGAGCAAGGUUGAAUCAUGAUUACUUCAGUAAUCCUUGGGCGAUUGUCUCGGUGGCUGCAGCUAUCUUUCUCUUCGUUCUCACCACAACUCAGACCAUUUACACAUUACUUAGCUAUGUUCAGCCAACUAAAUAGUCAUCAUGGUCUGUAUCAUUUGUAAGUUUGUAUGAACCACGUAAUGAUCUCUACGUUUAUCUUUAAAGCUGUUUGCGCCAUGUACGCGGAUGUCAUAUCGUCAACAAGCUUAAAGUUUUCAA